AUGGUGCCCAUCACCGUCCGCCCGCCGACCUUCUCGCCUGCAGCGCCGCCCGCCGACUUCAAGCUGCCGACUAUCGCGUGGCUCAUGGAGACGUGGCAUGUGACUCACAGUACACUGCCCAUGUGGAAGAGUAAGCGCAACGUGCGUAUCCAGUACACGCCUCUCGAUCCCUCCUCGCCGGAGAUAGCGAAAGAACACACCGACCGUGUCGAUGAUCUGGUCUCCUACCAGGGCCUCACGGACGACAAGGUCUCCACCGUGAGAGGGAUCGAUAAGGCUGCUACCACGACCAACGGCGAGAGCAGAGGCGAGUGGGACUGGAGAGGGAAAGGCUGGCUCAAGAUCGCCAGCAGCCAUUGGGAGGUGCUUGCUUGGGGUGAAGAGGAGGGCACCGGCAACAAGUGGAUGGUGACCAUGUUUGCAAAGACACUCUUCACCCCAGCUGGCAUCGAUGUGUAUUCCAAGGCUCGUGAAGGUGUUCAGGCUGGGACUUUGAACAAUAUCAAAGCCGUCCUUUCUCAUGUGGACGACUCCGAUGUACAGGAAAUGGCAGGCGCCCUUUUCGAAAUCCAGAGCGAUGAUUCGCGGACAGACUGA